AUGUCUGGACGUGGCAAGGGCGGCAAGGGUCUUGGCAAGGGUGGUGCUAAGCGUCACCGCAAGAUUCUGCGUGACAACAUUCAGGGUAUCACCAAGCCCGCCAUCCGUCGUCUCGCACGCCGUGGUGGUGUCAAGCGUAUCUCUGCAAUGAUUUACGAGGAGACUCGCGGUGUUCUCAAGUCCUUCCUCGAGUCGGUCAUUCGUGACGCUGUCACGUACACUGAGCAUGCGAAGCGCAAGACCGUGACCUCCUUGGACGUCGUCUACGCGCUCAAGCGCCAGGGCCGCACUCUGUACGGUUUCGGUGGUUAA